GAGAGCAGGUGAGUGAUGCAGGAAAAGUAGAAGUGGGUGAGGGCGGAGUCAUUGUUCUAUGAGUGGCCCAUACCCUAAAUAUCUUCCUUCAUUCCAUUUGGGAAUGAGUCAAGAGGGGCAGAACUACCAACAAAAACAUGGGGUGGGGGUAGGUGGAAUGUAAGAAUACUGUGGGGAAAGAAUGGAAGAGGGUGGGGGAGAAGAUGAAGGAAUUCAGAAGAGGUCACAGAUGGAGACUUCAAAUAGGAAGAAAUAUUAAAAAUAAAAAUCAUGGAGGUUACAACACUUGCAGAAAUGGCUUGGCACUUGAGGCUGCCAAGAAAGGCACCUGUGGUCAGCUUUAGCAAUUUACUCUUCACCUCCUGGGGCUGCCGAGAGCAUGGGGAGAGGAGCCAGACCUGUAUGGAAUCCUCUCACCCCAGGAGCUCUCUGACAGAAAGGAAUAACAUCUGGGAGACAGAUCAUCAGAUUCCGUCUGGGCACCUCACCAAAAUGGAGAGGGUGGGUGCAGAAGGUGGCACCCCCCAAAUUCCUGCCUCAAUUCAUUCAAGGUUUGCGCAAGGUUUGGUGAAGGAGGCGUUCAGUCCAAGGGUGGAGGAGUCUGGUAACUGCACUUCAGUGACACCCACUUCACCCUGGGGGUGAGCAGCCCUGGCAUUCCCUCUCUAGAAGCCUGGGAAGUCUCCUCGGUUCCCGGGGAGUCCUUCAGAAAGCUUGUGUCCCUAUCGGUAUGCACCCCAGGGAGGAGGAGGGGGCAACUAGGAAAGGCACUGCUUGAGGGACUGACCACCAAGUCCUUGAUGGAGUAUAUGGGGAGGAUUCGGUGCAAAAGAAGCCCCAGGCUGGAUGCCUAGUCUUCUGGGAGGACACUCUGCUGAGGAGGAGUGAGAAGAGAAAGCAGGCCAAGACACCCCUCCUGGCUCCCAGCUGACAGUCCUGCCUGCCCAGUCCUCUGAAGAAGCAUCACCAAUGGCCCUUGUGAUGUUGCAGUGGCCUUGGUAGUAUCUGCUGCUUCCUGGGAGGUGGACAAUGGGCAAUGGCUCUGGUUUUGCAGCUGUUACCGCUGCUGUUGUCAGGGACCCAGGGGGACCCCGUAGUUUCACUGGACGGCCGCCCUGGGGACCGGGUGAAUCUCUCUUGCGGAAGGGUCUCGCAUCCUGCCCGCUGGGCCUGGGCGCCUAGCUUCCCGGCCUGCAAGGGCCUGUCCAAAGGACGCCGCCCUAUCCUGUGGGCCUCGUUGAGCGGGACCCCCACGGUGUCUCCCGUCCAGCCCUUUGCUGGCCGCCUACGUGUCCUGGACUCUGGUAUCAGGCGGCUGGAGCUGCUCCUGAGCGCGGGGGACUCGGGCAGCUUUUACUGCAAGGGCCGCGAUGGCAACGAGAGCCGUACGGCGCUUCACGUGCUGGGGGACGGGGCCGAUUGCAGGGCUCCGGGGCCUACGGGGACCCAAGCUCCCCCAGGAUCCGUGUAUCCCCAGCUCCUGAUCCCGCUGCUGCCGCUGCUGGGCGCUGGGCUGGUGCUGGGACUCGGAGCGCUGGGCGUGGUCUGGUGGCGGUGCAGGCGCUGCCCCCUCACCCGCUUGGACCACUACCCAGAUUUGUCCUUCAGCUCUGUGCCCCCCUACAUGGCCCCACUGGUGAAAGCUGACCCCCAGAGGCCAGUAAAGGAGGAGGAGCCUAAGACUGCAGGGGACCUGGAUCAGGAGCCGAGCCUGCUCUACGCAGACCUGGAUCCUACGGCCCUCAGGAGGCCCCGCCAGUUCUCCCCAGUGGUCUCCAGUGAUGCCUCCACCAUUUAUGCGGUUGUAGUUUGAAGGGAAGCAGUUACUCCAAACCUCACAAGCUGGGGGCUCCCAGCUCUCCAUAACCCUCCUCUCCUUCUUGGCCCCUCACCUGAAAAAGGCACCAUGGGAUAAAAUGAGCACUAGACUGGGAGUCAGGAGACCUGGGUUCCAGGCUCUCUCUGCCCCUGAUCUUGCUCCUUUCUUACCUCCAUCUCUCCUAUAAGUUCCAUGUCUCCACCACUGAUAUCCUCCCUAAACCUGAUCAAGGCCUGUCUUCCCAUCUUAAGACUCCUAGAUCCUAGACAGUUGCCCAAUCUCUUCCCUUCCCUCCACAAUCAGGCUCCUUGAACCAAGGGCUUACACUUGUCUCUUCCACUUUCCUCUUCACUCCCCUCCCAUUGCUCAUCUCUCCAUGAAGUGGUCAGUGAUGUCCUAAUGGCCACACCCAGUAGACAUUUUUUAGCAUUCAUCUGGCUUGGCCUUUGAUUACACCCUUCUUUAAGCUGUUUUUCUUUAAUGAUGGUGUCUUCCUUGUAGACUUCUCUUCCUUGCUCCCUACCCCCACAGUAUUCCCCACCAUUUUAAGUUUGUCCUUUUCUUUAUCUGCCUUCCCCCUCUUCUGGGAAGCUGUCAGCUACAGCCAGUCCUCAGUCCUCACCUCUGCAAAUGACACGCAGAACUCUCUCCAGCUCAGAUCUCAGUUAAGGGAUUUUCAAACUGUCCCUCGGACAUCCCUGCCUGGCUGGCCCUAGGCAUUUAGCAUGCCACAGCAUGUCCAGAACCCAACUCAUUGUCAUCUUCCAAGCCACUCACUUAGUCAUCCUCUGCAUUGCCUCUUGAUCAACAAAGCUGCCCAAGCCAGAAACUGGGAGUCUGCAGAUCUCCUUCCUCUCACUCCCACACAAGUCCUGUCUUUCCAUUUUAAUGUCAGUGUCAAGUCCACAGCCUUCUUCACACCCAGCACCACCAUCUGAAUGUACUCUCCUCAUUUCCUCUUUGGAUUACCCAUAGCCUCACCUCAUCCUCCUACCCUUGCCCUCCUCCUUGAAGCCAGAGGGGUUCUUCCCAAAUGCUAAUGUGCUCCUGACAGCCUGUAUUUCAGAACUGCAGGAUUUCUUUCCUUAGCCUUCAGCUCUGAGCCCAUGGACCUUGGUUUGGGGUACAAGGUGCUACAGUGCUCUGUCUACUUUCCAGGCUUAUCUCUGUCUCUCCACAUGCACACAACAUUCCAGCCUUGGAGGAAUUCUCCCCAGGCUCCAACUAUCCCUUUGCCCAGUGCAAUUCUUUCUUCCUGGGUUACCCCUUUCCCUCCUCCCCACUACCUUCCUGCCUAAUUUUUAUUUAUCCUCAGGACUCAGUUCAAGCGUAGCCUUCUCUGGGAAGCCACACCCUCUUUGCCCACACUUGCAUACAUUUUGAUGCCCUUCUGUCUCUCAUAGCAACAGUGUCCUAGGAAUUGUUCCAUCACGACCUGUAUUUCAAUUUGUAAGAAAUUUUCAUGUACCAUGAGUUCCCUGAUGUCAGGACACUCACCCUUUUUAUAUCACCACUAAACCUCCGUAAAUGAGUCAAUGAAAAUGAA